AUGAACUGUGAGCUGAAAGGACAAACAGUACUGGGUGUCGCCCUGGGCGAGCUCCGCGGCCUGCCCAUUCGGCCCUGCGCGGCGGCGCCGGCCGCCCGUCCCCUGCGCAGGGCGCCCCUCGGGGCUGCAGGGGGCGACUCUCUGCGAGCCUCCCACGCCCCAGCCGGGCGCGCGGCCGCCCCGCGGGACCCUGCCCGCCCCGCCCCGCCCCGUCGCGGCCUCUCCCAGCGGCCGGCGAGCUCCGGGGCGCGGCCAGAGGCGGCUGCGGCUGCCCUCCCGCCAGUUCCCGUUCCGGGCCUGCGAGGCGGCCGCGCCCGCCCUGCCCUGGCGCAGUUGCGGGCCUGGAGCGCUCCCUCCCCGGCCCGGGCUCUUACGCUCGCUUCUCGCUGCUGCGAAGUCUGCAAAGCUGGAGGCCAAGCUGAAGCCAGUAGCUGUGCUUGCCAGAGGGUGGGGUUUGCCCUCCCUAAAAGCCCCCUGUUUGAGAUUUACCUAUCAUGUUCAGACAGGUGUGUGGAGUGUUUCAGGAGACAGAAACCAGGCCUACGUGUUCCCAGGAUGGGGCUCAGGUGGACAGUGACAAUAUUUACAACAAUAUUCCACCAAAGGUGCAGGAAAUGAUGCUCAGAACAAAGGGAAAGAAGGCAGAACCCGGAUUUGGAGCCAGGUCUGUCUGGCCCACAGUACCUGCUCUGUGGCUUUCUGGGAUGGAGGGGUGCAAAUGGAUGUGGUCCUCCUAGGUGCCCAGCAUCCAGGUCAGGAGCCCCAAUGAACGGACUCAGGUGGAGUCUGGCCCUUCCUGGCUCCUUGGAAGCAGGAACAAAAGACCCCAAAGAGUGGAGGGAGGCUGGGAGUACACGUGUCAGGGAGUCAGGGUUUACAGGCACUCCAUGCCAGGAACCCCUGGCUAAUGAAAGGGCCAUCAGACGGUUUUUCAUGUUAGUCUGUUCUGCUUCCUCUGACUGUUGCCCAGAAGUCCUGCAAAGGGUGCUUUCCCUUUGAAAUUUGGAAUUCAUCUACUGGGAAUUUGCAUACACUUGGGAGGCACGCACAGGGUUUGGAAAAAAGAAAUUGUUUAUUUGGAGCUUUCAGUUCACAGGAAAAGCACCCACCAUGCGAGGCCAAGCCCUUAGCAUGGCAGGCCAGCUUGCUUCUGCGCUGACCCUCUUUCCCCUCCCUCGCCGUGCAGCUGUCCUGUGGUCACAGCGUGAGAGGUGUGGGUAGGUCAAGUGUAUCUUGGCUGGUUGGGCGGGCCUUCCCCACAAGAUAGGGCCUCACUUGGGGACGAGAGCAAUGCUGGCCCAGGAUGUGCGGUCUGUGGGGAGGACAGUUUAGGGGAUAUGGUUUUGUCAUCUUCUCUAUCUCUUAAUUAAUGCCCCCGAGAGUCACCGUACAUACAUCCACAUACUCCCCCACUUGGCUCUGUGAUAGAUUUGUGUCUCAGAUGCUUGCUGACUGUGGUUACAUGUUCAAGUGCAGUUAAUAAAAGUCUUCAGCUAAGCAUUUUGGCCAGCAAUCAGCAGAGUGUUAAUUUGCUCAAGGCCAAGUUUCAACUCAGCGUCUGUGGUGACUAAUAUGUUUUGUUCUUGUGGAGUGCUUUUUGUUUGAGAAGCCCUAGACAUUUUCUGUGCCACCUAAAUUUCUAAAUGCCACCUCCAGAUGUCCUCCGGGUUCCAGAUCUGCCACUUCUGUGGCACUUUCUUUUGCAUAAACACUCCAACUGUCUUACGGAGUUCCAGGAACUGGGUUUCAGAUUCAAGACUCCUUUGUUUUCUGUUGGCCUUCUUUAUUAAGAUAUUUUUAUUCACUGGCCUUUCAGAGAUGAAUAUCAAGCAUGGUGUUUUUGGAACUUUGUUUUCCAAAGCCUGGAUAAAACUAGGAAAAUGUUGGGUAGUAGAUGAUUAAGUGCCAAUCGAUUUUACAGACAAUGCUUCGGACAUUGAGCGCUGGGCUCUGGUUAACCUUUAAAAGGCCACAGUUAAUAUAAAUAAAUGCCUUAGAGCAAUAGAAAAUAAUAGUGAUUCAAAUCUGAAUUUAUCCACUGAUAAACUUAGUGAUAUUUCCUAAGUGAGCCUGUGAAUUAUGGAAAUCCACAUGUCAGUGGGCAUGAUGGAAAAUCUACCAUGUGCCCUGGGCUAGAGUCAUUCAUUCGACAGUUUUAUCCAGCAACUUCUAUGUGCUGGAGAUACAGCGACUCACCAAAUGGACAACCAUCCCUUGCUGUCAGACGAUGGGCCUCAAAGAUGACCAGACACCCACAUGACACUCGUGGGUCAUGGCAAGUGCUUCCUUUGUGACUAGUGCUGUUGUAAACACCAUAUGUAUAUGGUUGCAUCCCCAUAGAAACCCUUUGAGGUAGUGCUAUUAUUAUCUGCACUUAUGGAUAAGAAAACUGAAACCCAGUGGGGCAGCGUUAUUUGCCCAAAUCCCACAGCCAGUGAGCGGAACCAGGUAGCUUGGUUUCAGGCUGUGCCCUUC